AUGGAAGGAGGAGAGAGCUUACUCGACACACUUUUCGAUGAUGAAAGCUUCGAGGAUACUCGGGAUGUCGAAAUGAUUGAUGUCGAAGAGGGUGAAUUAGUCGAAAUGGUUUCAAAAAAUGAAGCUAGUGAGAAACUCGAUGUUGGUGGUAAUCAAAUAAAUCAAGAAACUAGCAGGAGAAAGAGUAGGAAUAAGAAGAAGAAAAACAAACAAAAGAGGAGUAGUAGCACGGGUCCAAGUGUAACUAACAUCAGCAGGUUUGUGAUGGAUGCAUGCAAGCGAUUGAGAGAGAGAAAGCAUUAUCUUAUGUGGACUGCUGUAGGUUGUCUUGGUGUAUCAGCUUUGAGUGAUCUUGUUAAAGAGGUCGAUGCGAUUCAGACCUGCGGGGGUCAAAAGACGGCUGAUGGCAGCCGUCUCCGAAACGGUGGUGGCAUAUUAUGGAACAUCAUCAAAGCACGCGACCCAAAUGCUUACAAGGAGAUCAUGACGAAAGGGAAAGAGUUUGAGAAGCAAUUCAAGCAGCAAGGAUUGAAGCGGCAGAGUGAAGGUUCUUCCCAAAGCAACGAGCAGGUCACCUGUGAGCCGUCACAUGGUGUGGGGGUUGAGGUAAAGGGACAGAUGAAAUGUGGGUCGGUUCAUGAUCGUAUAAGAGUGCCCGUCUCAUAUGAUGAUUUGCUUGGUGAAGUAGGCCCUGGAGAUGCAGAUGCCUGA